AUGAAACCUAUUAAAAUAAAAAAUAACGAAAAUGUAAUUCCAUUACCUUAAAGAUCUAAGAUAUUGUAUAAUUUUGAGAUAUAGGAUUUAUAAAAUAAAAUCAACAAUAAAAAGAAUCAAUGUAUAAUAAUAAUUUUAGUGUAGAUUGUUAUAGAAUCAUUUGAGAAUCCUGCAUAAUUUAAUAUUUCUCUUUUAAGGUUGAAAGUAGAAAAUGAUGCAUAAGAAUAUCUAGAAGCAAUCAGUGCAUUUUAAACAAUUGAAAUAUAGAAUCCAAUUGUAAAAGAAAGAGCUAAAAGUGUUAGUGAUAAAUUAGAAAUUUAUAAUAAUAGUGGAAGAUACUGAUUUUUGUGCAUGGUAAGAGCAAAGAAACAUAUAACCAAAUUAUAAUUAACAUCGAUAUCCUUAUAAAAAAUAAUAAAAGAGUUGUUACACUGAAAAUAAUAGAACAAAUAUUUGAUUAUACUUAGUGUAUAGUUUAAGUUUAGACAGUAAUCACCUAAAAUUUAAUAACAAAAUAAAAUAACUAAUAAGAUAAUUCAAUAUCCAUUGACAGGUUAUUUAGAAAGGAAUUAAAAUCAAUUAUUAUAAAGAGAUAAAUAUUUAAAAAUUAUUCAGAAUUUGACUGGAGAAACUCAUAGAAAAAAUACAAAAAAAAUAUUACCUAUUAGCACUCAAACUAGUAGAGCAUAAUCAUCAUUAUCAUUUUAACUUUGA